GUGAACAGCAAAAGAUAAAUGAUUGAACAAUCAUCUAAGUAUCCUUGGAUAUAACACAUUUCUGAUUGAACAAUCAUCUAAAUAUAAUUGGAUAUAACACAAUCCUGAUUGGCCGUUUGAUCUACUGAGUUUACAUCUUCGAUUGAACAUCCAUUUCACAAUCAUUGGUCAACGCAUACUUCUGAUUGAAGAAUCACUUCAAAAACAUUGUUCAUUGCAUACUUCUGAUUUAACAAUCACUAAACAAUCAUUGGAUGCGGACAUUGAUUAGCCAACACAGUGACGUGAAUAAAUUAACAUACAUAAUGACCAGAUAUUCACUGUUCAUCGACCUCCGCCAUCAAUCGACCGUUCACAUGGCCUUCCUUGAUCGCUGCGAGAAAUAAUCCACUUGUUGACACAAAAAAACUGCGUGGAUGCGAUCCAUGGAUGAUAUCCAUCGCUCAAAAUUCUUUUUUGUAUAACUUAUAUAUAGUGAACGAAAAAAAACCAUAAUUUUCUUGGCGACUUUACGGAAUGGUAAAAAGAAAUUGUUUAAAGAGAUGGGAAUCUCUUAAAGAGAAGGGAAUUAACUACAGACUUCUGAGGAAACGCUAAAGGGAAGUAACUAUUACUUUUUCGGCGAAGCUUUUAAGGGACGAUUCUUCAAUCUUUAAGAAAUUCUGAAAGGAUUUAAACUUUUAGAGAAAUUCUCAAGGACCGUUAUUAUACAUUUUUAGAGACACUAUUAAGAAUCCUAACUACACACUUAAAAUAUUCAAUGGGUCUAUCUAUAAACUUACAUUGAAAUUUUCAAGGGACGUAACUGCAACCUUUUAAAACUUACAAUUUCUGUAACCACAAUUUUCCCAUCGGAAAAUUAAAGAACCAUAACUGCAACCUUGCGGAUGUAACCAAUUUUCUCAUUAGCUGGGCGAUCUCCCUGAAAGCAAGACACAUUAACAACAACAAUGAACGUCACUUUCCCGCCUUUCUUCAACGUGACAGACGCCUUCCUGACGAUAAACUCGACCAGUCUGACCAGUCUGACCAGUCUGGCCAAUGUCACGGUGACCGCGCGGACGCCGAUGCAUCCGGUGACCGAAUUCAUGGAGAAAUAUUAUGCCAUGUUUCUCUUGGUCUUCGGGACCAUCGGGAAUUUCCUGUCGUUUGCUGUCCUGUCCAGGAAAACAUUCAGGGUGACGACUGUGGGCGUGUUCCUCCGCUUCCUGACCCUGGCCGACCUAGGCGCCCUCUACACGGGAGUUGUCUACUUCGCCGCCAGGUCGGUCUUCGACUACGAUGUGAGAAAAGCUGGGGUACUCUCCUGUCAAUUCCACCGCUGGUUGUCGUACGUGACCUGUGACCUCAGCUCCUGGGCCCUCGUCUUGGUCUCCAGCGCGCGGCUCAUCUCCAUCGCCUGGCCCAUGAAGCGGCUCAUCACCAAGCGCCGCGUCUACAUCGCCAUCCUUGUCACGAUCGUCAUCUUCCACGUCAUCAACCUACCCAUGUUCCUCAUGUACGGCGACGUCUGGGACCCGAAGAAGAAAGUCUGGAACCAGUGCGUCUUCACGGACAAGUCGUAUGAAGAGUUCUACGUCCAUAUUUGGGGGUGGAUUGUCUUACUCAAGUUCACGGUCCUCCCCGGGCUGAUUCUCAUCUGCCUGAACACAGCUCUUGUGAUCUGCGUGGCGAGGAGUGAUAAAGCUCUUGGGAAACUUGAAGAAUCAGCGGGCGCCAGCAGUUUAAAAUCGGCGGCGAGUACGUCCGUGGUUGUGUCGAAGUGGAGGAAGAAGAAACGCGAGGAUAGCGGGAGUCACGUGACGGAUGACGUGUACGAAACGGAGAUAUCUACCGUGGAAGGGGAUCAGAGGCUAGGGAAAACGCCGGUGUACGCGUUGUCGGAGAAUGCGUUUGUGACGUCCGGGAAAAGUUGUAGCGCCGGGGAAGUUUAUGCGGAGAAACAAGACAAAGCUGCCUUUACGGAGCUCAAGAGUCUUAGCCUGCUUCAAGGGUUGAACGCUGACAAGGACGAUAACUCCGACCAACAAGGGGGAAUCACUGAUCAUGUCUAUAACAAUAACAGUAUAAACAUUCAAUACACCCCGCACCAUCCUUACGCGAAUUCUGACGUCAAGGCUAACGGUGACACUGACACCACCGGUGACACCAACCCGAUCAUACGUAACACCAUCACCGACAAGGAAGCGAUCACGCCGACGGUCAGUGCGUCCAGCGAGGGCAGUUCCAGCCCCUCGCAGCACAAGUCUGGCGCCAGAGGGUUCUGGCACAGGAAGCUGCCCAGCCCCUUCAAGCGGCGGAGGUCCAGCAGCGUGCAGCUGACACACAAGGCCAAGAGCAAGAGCAAAAGUUUGACGCGGUCACUCGUGGUCAUCAACACGGUCUUCGUCGUCUGCACGGUGCCAAUCUCUAUCUACCUGGCCUUUAAGCCCUACCUGUUCCCCGGCGGUCAGUACAAGGUGGAGCAGGGCAUCUUCAACACCUUCGCCAACUUCAUCAUGUACACCAACAACUCCAUCAACUUCAUCCUCUACUGCGUAUCGGGGACCAGGUUUCGAAACCAACUCAAGCUCAUGUUCAUUGAGGCGCUGGAUAAGUGCCGACAGCUCUGUACAAAGUGUCGGCGGUAAAAGUUUUGGUCGCUCGGUAGGUCUGACCUUUUUGGUGAAGGUCUCAAAAUUGGCCAGAAAAGAUAGGUCCGACUUUUUUGUUGAAGGUCUUACGAUUGGUCAGAAACUGUUUUUGGUCUCAAGAUAUAUCGAAUGUUUUUGGUAAAGGUCUCUCAAUAAUAGGUCAGAUAUUCUUAGUUGAAGAUGACAUGAUAGAAAUGACUACUUAUAAGGUCCACACAAUUGGCCCGCUUUUUCAGUGGUAAUUUCUAACUUAGAUCAGACUUUUUGGAUGCAUUUCUGAAAAAAAAAAUUUGGCGUAAUUUUACCAUGUUCAAGAAAAUAAAAGACGAUGUAAAGUAGAUUACAGCCUAGCCGAGAAUAAGCCGUUGAUCUAUUGGACAUAAACAACAAGGAUGCUGAGUGACAGAGCUAGAUGGUCCUUCCUGUCGGGGCAUGGAUUCGAACCCAGGACACUGCGGCCAAACACUUCCUACUGGGACAAAACUUCAGGCGAAAAUUUCGCGCAUGCGCAGCUCGCUAAUCAACAUCUUCCUGGUGGUAGGUUUGGUUUGAGCUGCUUGCAUCGUACCUGCCUGCUGCACGUACAUCAAAACAUAGGCAGGGUUUCUUUCACAUAGUUUUCUCCGGGGGGGGGGGCUAUUUAAAAUUUCCAGGGGAGGUGGAACAUUGGUUAAAAAUAUAUUUUCUAUAUAUUGUUUUCUAUUUCGUCCUGGGGGAAGGGGAAAGGGGAGUGGUAUGUGAUUCAAGGUGACCCCCCCCCCCCAAGGAGACAUGCCUGAAAGAAACUCUGCACAUAUAGUUAAGACAUAGACUCAUCUAAACAAAGAAGGCUGACACACCUCCGACGUGGCUGAAUAUUAAUCCUUCUUGACGUCACCUGACAUCACGAACCGCAUUUAUCUUGUGUACAUUGUCCUUAGGGACGCCCCAUGUAUUUAUAAAACUUUUUAAAAUAAUGUCCCUAACAAAAGGCAACUACCAAAACAUUGUUAUAUAACAAGUAUUACGACAUAAUUGAACCAAAGAAAUGUAGUGUUUAAUUCUUCCGGUGAGAGAAAAACCAAGGUUCAUAUUAAAUCCAGAUAAAUUAUAUUGUUUUGGCUGGGUUUUUUUUUUGCCAAUUUGGCUUAUGUGAUCUGAUGUUGUAAACAGAUUUGUGUGUACAUAAUACUAUUGUGUAUCAAAGCAAAAAUAUUUUAAAAUUUUUUAUCAGACAGGAUACAUUUACGUAGCUCCAUGCUUGUAAUCUAACUGUAGCAGAUACGUGUUUUUUUUUUUUUAACUGGCAAGUCCGGGUGAUAUUUAAAUACGGCAGGUUCGUGUGAACCGCGAGCUUGCCAGAUGUUUUGUAAAAACUGAAGGUCAAAUGUUUAUUGUUGAAUUUGAAAUGCCAGCUCAGACGCCUACGUCAAGUGUCUAUAAAACUA